CAUGGCGACGACAGCUCAGUAUAUCCCGCGGAAUAAUUCGUUGCCUUCCAACCCUCUCAUGCACCCGGACUCGGACCGGAUGCACCAGGGCACGACCUAUAGAGAAGUGCAGAAGAUGAUGCACCACGAGUAUCUUCAAGGGCUCGCGGCGUCCAACGCGGGACACCCGAUGAGCCUGACGCACCACCAGUGGCUGCCCACGUCCGGCGCAGACUGGAGCAGUGGAACACACCUCGGCCAGCAGCCCGAGCACAAGGCCAGUGUGCCAGCGAGCCGCGAGGAACUGACCAGCGGCUACCACAGGUCACAUUUGGUGCACCAGGCUGCACAGAACGGCCACCAUGGCUCGUGGGCGCCGAGCAGCACCACACAUCACCUGUCUCCGCUGUCGCCCGCUUCAGGGGCCCAGUCCCUGGUCUACUCUCAGACGGGCUAUGCUAUGCUGAGCCCGCAACCGUCACUGCAUCACGGCAUGCGCGAGCCGCUGCACGACGACGCGGUCGUUCAUGAACAUCAGCUCGAGUCGCCACAGCAGCCGUUUGGACAUCACCAGGACCAUUCGGACGAGGACGCGCCCAGCUCUGACGACCUUGAGCAGUUCGCCAAGCAGUUUAAGCAGCGGCGCAUCAAACUCGGCUUCACGCAAGCGGACGUGGGGCUUGCGCUCGGCACGCUCUACGGCAACGUGUUCUCUCAGACCACCAUCUGCAGGUUCGAGGCGCUACAGCUCAGUUUCAAGAACAUGUGCAAACUUAAGCCUCUACUCAACAAAUGGCUGGAGGAGACAGACUCAAACACGGGCAGCCCAACUAACUUGGACAAGAUCGCGGCGCAGGGCCGCAAGCGCAAGAAGAGAACCUCGAUCGAGGUCGGAGUGAAAGGGGCGCUGGAGAACCACUUCCUCAAGUGCCCCAAGCCCUCGGCGCACGAGAUCAGCACGUUGGCCGGCACGCUGCAGCUGGAGAAAGAGGUCGUGCGCGUGUGGUUUUGCAACAGGAGACAGAAAGAGAAAAGAAUGACACCGGUGGGGGUCGGACAUCCGAGCAUGGAGGACGUUUACUCACAGGCGGAGACCCCUCCGCUCCAUCACUCGCUACAAAGUCCCGUCCAGUGACUGUCCUGCUGAGUGAAGCUCUUAUUUCAACACAAACAAAACAAGAACAUCGAUAGAGAAAAGGGGGACUAGGGAUUUCACAGUAUUUCGUUUCUGGUUGUUGUUUUGAUUUUAUUUUUUGUUAUUCUGAGGGACAAUGCCCGCAGCAAAGUUGGGUGAGAAAUAGUUUUUGGCCGCAGACCGGAGACUGUGGUGCAACAACAGUUGAUGGGACGCAAUUGAUUAAAAAAAAAAGGGGAAACAAAAUGCAUGAAUGACUGCAGAAUCGAAUUGAUGUGCAUUUGAAAGAAAAGUGUUUUCACCAAAAAUAAUGCGUGUCGAUCUGAAGGCGUUCCGGUGGAGGAAAAUAAUAAUAAUUCGAUUAUUUCAGCGCUGCUCAAAAAGGAGCCAUAUGCCACAAUAAGAGAUGUUUUUCUUCUCCUCGCUGUUGGCGAGACUUAAUCUGAGGUGGUGGUGGUGGUGGUGGUGGUCUGAUCUGUUGUCAAUUAAGGUUACAGUUACGUUUUUCUUCAUUAUAACAAUUAACAGAUUGACUGUUACGGUAGAGUUUUCAGAUCAUUUUGUGAUGUUUAUUUGGGAUAUUUUCACUUUUUUUUAAGUUUCAAUGUGGUGUUUGUUUUACUCUUUCUGACCUUUUUUUAUUUUUC